ACAAACAAUUAAAAAUAACAAUAAUUGUUUUAUAAUAGAAAGUUAAAGAAUUGUGGGAGAGAAAAGCCAACUCGGAAAUACAAUACGCCCUAGUGUGAAUACAACUUAACACUUGCACGAUUUCUUGUGUAUCAAUGGUUGUUUUAUUGGCUGCGUAUUAUCUCGAGAUAAUACGUAGCCAAUGAGACGGUUGUGUCGGACAAGGCAUAGAAAUGGAGAGCAGCCAUUAUCGAAGAUGCUGGACGAAAAUGCACUGCGCCUCGCUGGACUUGCCUUAUGUUCUGUCGGAAUGUGAGGAAAUCAACAGUGUUCUGUACAAACCGAUCAACUCGACACAACGAAUAAAGUACUCAUGUUUCAACGUUUCCCUGAAUUAUAUCAUACUUGGCUCAACCAGUGGCAGUUUAUAUCUGUUCUCCAGAGAGACAUGCUCGUUCCUGCAAAUAAUACCUCUGUCGGAGGGUGCGGUUACACAUGUGACGAUAUCACCUGACGAAAAGACUAUAGCCUUAACAACAACACGUGAUACUGUAUGUCUAGUCUUUCUAAAGCCUACUCCACGACUGAUGGCGGUGUCUACGGAGCAUAUACACAAGCAAAUCACCUGCCUCUGUUGGAACAAGAAUAGCACCGAAGUAUACAUUGGAGAUGCGGUCGGUAGGGUCUCCGUCAUGGUGUCGUCGAUAUUUACAGUGAACGGAAUGUUUCAAACUCGAGUCUACACGCUGAUGAAUCUGGACUCCGGCGUCGUGCAGUUGAACUUCUGCUCGUCUAUGCUGCUGGUCUCCACGAUAACGCGCUGUUACAUUUGCGACACGGUGCGAGAGCAGUACAAACAGAUAGGCAACAAGGCGCGCAACGGUGAAUUCGGCGCGUGCUUUUUCGAAGCGAACACGGAGAGCGGCGUCACGUCGGACGUCGAGACGACGCCGAGGAACGACUCGAGACGCGGCACGUUCAGCCUGAUCUCCGACAGCAACAUCUCGAGCGAGAACUGCCCGAAGAUAUUUUGCGCCCGACCGGGCUCGCGACUGUGGGAGGUGUCCGCUGACGGGGUGGUCGUGAAGACGCACCAGUUGAGAGAGGCGCUAGCCAUGCCUCCGAGAUUGAUCUUCCGACCGGGCAGCGGCGCCGAGGAACAACAAACGGAGUGGCCGGCCCAGUCCGUCAACUUCUCGCACCUCUUCGUAAUCGCGCGCAAAUACUUGCUCUCUCACACGAGCGGCGGCCUGUACGUCGUCGAUCCCGCGAGCGCGAGCGUGCUGCUGUGGAACAACGAGUUCGCGAGCAUCAGCAUGAUUGCGGUCGCGGGCGACAAGAUUUACCUGAUGACCGGUGACGGCGAGUUCCAUUGCCUGACGUUAUCGUCGAUCGGCGCAUUGAUACUACGGCUGUAUCGCCGCGAGGAAUAUCGCGCGUGUCUGGACGCUUGCACCCUUUACAGGAGGCACUUGUCCUCGAUCGCCAAGAGGGAGAUGAUCGAGCUGCUCGACUCGGAGGAAGAAGCGCUGCGGCCGCUAAUGGCGCUCCUGCGAUCCGGCGGCAGACCGGCCAAACUGAACUCCGUACAUCGCGAGAACGACAUCGACGAAAGAGCUCGUUGCGAAACCUCCCCCUCCAGCGAAGAGAAGACGGUCGCGUCGAGCGAUUCGACGUCAUCCGAGUCUGAUAACGGGCUGCGCUGCGACUUAGAUCCGGUCUACGCUCUGGCGAACAGCAUCAGAGCCGGCCUGUCGGAGGCGGAGGUCGAGGGGAUCCUUUCGGAGAUCGACGGGAGGAUCCGAGCGAUCAAGGAGUCGUACAAGGACUCGCACGAGGUCACGCGCGCCGCGGAGUUGCAUUGCUACAACUCCUUCUUGGAGAACACCCCCGUGCAGGUGCUGCGCUCGACCGGCAAUGAUCGCGUCGUGCGGCAAUUCGUCCGAGCGUUCGUCGACAUCAACGCGCCGAGCUACGCCAGAUGCGGCUGCGGCUACCCCUGCCCGAUGAACCGGAACGCCGCGGAGCCGAAAUUCCUGCCGAUCGGCCGGACGUUGAUCGCGAGAUUCGCUGAUCACCAGCCGGAGGAAUGCGGCAAUAUCUGCGACAGGGUACCUUACAUGUGGCGCGAGUACCUGGCCGUUCGUCUGCAGCGACGCGACGCUCUGGACGACGUGUUGAGACAGUGCCUUCAGACCGGAGACAACGUCGUGCUGUCCUUCCUGCUGCCGGCGCUCAACGAGCAACAGUGGAGUUGCGUGGCAGCGUGCGUGAGCGAGAUCGAGAACGGCACUUGUCUGUUCUGCGCGACGCCUCUCGCCGACAAGCCCGACGUGUCGAUCGAUUGGACCGGGAUUGCACGGCAGGUCAUGGCGAGAGAAGGACCGGACGAGGCCACGGCCUUUUUAAUCAGGCUGCAGAGCAUGAUGCCGGACAUCCCCCUGCCGGACAAAACCAUAUUCCAGUCGAUCGUAUUCACCAAGAUUCUACAUCACCACGGCCUGAGGACAUCGUUCACUCCGAGUAACCAGCUGUCGGCAGACUUUGGUACAAUGUGCUCGUCGCAGGUGCGUGAUCAACUGGCGAAAGCUCUCGAGAAAGACACACGGCGACCGACGGAUACGAGCAUGUUCGGCACUGCCGCUCAUCACUGGGGGAUGCGCCAUCGGACUAAAUCACUGACAUGCCCGUGCUGCACCUUGUCCCUGCAGACGCCAAUUCUGCUAGGUAACAAGGGAGUCGCGAUCUUCCGUUGCGGUCACGCCUAUCAUGUUAAUUGUAUGAUAGAAAGAAAGCUCACUAGAUGUAAUCUUCACCAUAUUGUAAAUACGAGUCAAUAAAAAGUACAUUGCGCGAUGCUACUCGUUAGACACGCUUAAUACGUUUUCUUUUUUUUUUUUUUUUUUUCUUUCAGAUCAAUCGGUUCUCUCUUCCGAAUGCAUCUUUAUUAUUUUUUACAAUUAUCUCUUGUCACAAAUAUUUGGAUUUAUUAUCACGCUACAUUUGUUAUCACAGUCGAAAAUAGAACGAACGAUUACUCGCAAUAUCUUAAACUGUAGGCAGAUAAUAAAAUCGUUAUAAUACAGAGAUCACACAUAAUCGUAUCACCUCGAUAGAAAGUAAUAUAUAUAUAUAUACUUAAGUAGCUAAUAAG